UGAUCUGUGAAAUAGGGAAAUAGCAUGAAAUGUGGGCUGAGUGCCAAUGACGCUGUAUGAAAUUAUGUUGUUGCUUUUGGUUUGAGGAUCGACCAACGUGGCAGAGAUUUAAAAAGAAAAACCUAUACAUUCCAGUACUAGGAAAGCUGAUUUAAGGAGUCCAAACAUUCCCUGUUUUGACCAGCAAUUGGUGUGACAUUUGUAUACUUAACGUAUCUUGUAUCACUGACUUAAUCUUCAGGUCCUCGGGUCUAUCCAGCCACAUCGGACUUCUCAGUUAACAUCAAAAGUACAAGGAAAGAUGCUACCUUUCACGAUGUCUAAACGUUCCCUAUGUCGACCAGAAUUGGGUGUGACAUUAGUAUGUGUAACAUACUUUUUCUGGCUGACUUUAACUUCACGAAGCUCCAAUGACGGAUCAAAAAUCCUCAGGUCUCUCCAGCAAGAUCGGACUUCUAAGUCAACACCAAAAGGAGACGCCGUGAAGAAGCUGCCGUUUUGUUCGGGUAAAACCGGAAAUGGAUGGGAUUUCAAAUGUACAGUGAAAUGUCCAGAUCCAAUUAAUAUAUUCAAAACUGACCUUCGUUCCAAGAAACGAAUCACAUGCGAUUCGCAUGUGUCAACGGAAGUGCGUUAUGCUAAUGCUUCAGUGCCUAUAUUCAAUUUUACCGAUGAAUGUUUCAGAGACGAGCUCGAUAAGCAAUGCUUAGACGGGAAACCCGUACCCAAUAUUGUGCAUUAUAUCCUUUUCGGUAUAAAGAAACUUUCAUUUUUUCAGUUUCUAAGUAUCUGGAGUACUCAUACCAUACAAAAACCGUGCGUUAUUCUUAUCCAUGGUGAUAAACAGUUAUCUGGUCCAUAUUGGGGCUACCUUAUCAGAGCUAUACCUAAUAUAGUCCUAGUACGAAGAGCGCCUCCUAGUCACAUCUUUGGGAUUCCGAUACGUUUUGUGGAACACAAAGCAGAUAUAGCCAGGUUGGAGGCGGUCAGAGAGUUUGGGGGAAUUUACAUGGAUACGGACGAAAUAUUACUUCGAUCUCUGGACCCACUCAGGAAAUAUGCGUUCACGCUGAGUCAUGAGUAUGAUCUAAACCUAGCUAACGGAUUGAUCAUGUCAUCCAAAAAUGCUUCGUUCGUGGAUCUGUGGUACAAGGAGUACAAGACAUACAACAAUAAACAUUGGUUCCAUCACUCUACCAUUGUCCCCUUUCAACUUUCAAAAAAGUAUCCUCAUCUGAUUCAUGUUGAGAACAAGACUUUUGUAAACCCGGACUAUAGUCAUUUAGAUAUGAUAUUCAAGGAGAAUUUCAACUGGAGCCAUAACUAUGCUAUUCACCUGUAUGUUAGAAAAUACAGGUUAGAGCAUAACGUUAACGAUAUACGUCACCUUAAUACUACAAUAGGUUCCGUAGCUAGACAUGUCCUAUACGGCUACAAGGAACUCUGCUCUGAUUAGUUAUAAACAGAUGUGCGAUUGAUCUUUUUGAGAAUAUUUGAUUUGUGCUUCUUAAUGAUCAAUUACCAAAAUAUUUGAUACGGAAUUAUAUACGUAGUUCGUGCGUAAGAAUUACUAGACGUUUUUUUUAUAUAUAUUGUUUAAGGUUCCAUCGAUAACAACGGUCAUUAACGACGGGCUGUGUGAGAGAUGUGUGGUGAGUGUGUAUGAUCUAGGUUCAUAAGUGUCUUCUUAUGAUAGCGCGGAACUGAUGCCACCUUUAUAGUGCUACCAUACCGAAACAUACUGCCGAAAAAAUUUGCAGGACAUCCCACCCGGGAUAUAAUCACCAUUGCCUUUGACAUUAUACUGACAAAGUGCUAACCAGUCGUCCUACACCAAAAAAAUGCGGUGCAGGAUAAGCAUCUACCAAUUUUAUUGACUAUGGAAUGUCUCGGUCGGAGGACAGAACCUAAAGCCUUUCUCACAAUGGCGCUCACGAAAAAUCCAAAAAUCAGUCAGUGUAAGGGAUACAUCAGAAAGAAGAAAGUAGAAUAGAACGUAGAGUAGAAAGGAAGGAUCUGAAAAUUCAGUUCGCCUUUGAUGAAUCGGCCAGCAAUUACAAUUCUUAAGCAUAACCUGCAUGACACGAAUUGCUAGAAUUCAUAAGAUACGCGAGAUGUAUGUUCAUAUAAUAUAAUAUAAGAUGAUUAAACCAAAUAUGCAGAAAAUGCUUUCUGUGUAGUAUUAUAUAAAAAAAAAAAAAAAACCUUACGUAGUCCAACAUUUGGAGAA